GUGAUCAACAUAACCUCAAAAAAGAUUAUUGAGCGCAAAUCAAAACAGUUGACUGCGAGUUUUUCAAUAGAAUAAUAUUGUUGUUUUUUAACAUGAUAUAAAAGAAAUUGUGAAUAAAAUGCAGAAAAUGGGUCACAAACAAGCACCUAGUGAUAUUUAUUGGACUAUUUUGGAAUUAAAGGGACUUCUCGAAGAUGAUGAAUCUUGUGUUUAUUUCGAGAGACACAGAAAACACAUUGGAAUGCAUCCUUUUCACAUGCAAAAUAUUAAUUCAUCAUUGAGAGAAAUAUUAAACUCUAAACUUAAUGCGUAUGACGUUGAAUUGGAUGGACUUUUAUUGGCUUAUAAAAAUCCAACACUUCUCACUCCUCAUGCAGGAAUUCUACAUGACACUUGUUACAUUCAUUUGGAUAUAGAAGCGGAUUUUUAUAUUUUUAGACCGAAAGUAGACUCCAAGAUAAAGGGAAUCGUUAACAAAGUAGGAAUAAAUCACAUUGGAGUUUUAGUUCAUAAAGUAUUUAUUGCUUCUAUUCCACAACCGGAGAACGAAGAAGACUGGCCUGGAAAUAACGUAAAUAUGGGACAAGAAAUUAAAUUUACAGUAAACGAAGUAGAUUUUAGUAGCAGGCUGCCUUAUAUUCGAGGUGUUUUAUACGAGGAUGAAUAUUUGGAGGGUUGCAAACUCUAUAAUAAUGAAUUUACGGAGGAAAAUGAAGAAAUUGAAACGAGUGAAAAUUUAAAUCCGGCGAAUAUUAGUUUUCAAGAAGAUUUCGUCGCCGAUUCGUCGGGAAUUUCAGCACGAAAAAGAAAGCGAAUUACAUUCGAUAGCGAUUCUGAGGAUGAUGAUAAUGAGGUGAAAGCUGGAAAAAAGGCGAAGAAAAUGAAACUAAAAGAUGAGGAAAAUAAAAAUUGCCCCAACACUGGUAAUUUAUCGUUUGAUAUUGAAAAUCACGAAUCUGAAAACCAGGAACCAAAAAUAAAGAAACAUAAGAAAAUUCGCUCUGAAAUUAAAAAAGAAGAAGAGGAAAAAUCUACGAAAAGAAAUAAAAAUUCUUCGAUCGAUGGAAAUUCAACGUUGGACACUGAGAAUGAAACCGAAAGUGAAAAUCGAGAGCAUAAAAUAAGGAAACCUAAAAAAAUUAAGAGAGAAAAACAGGACAAAAUAAAUAAAAAUUCCGUAAUCGAUGCAAAUUUAACAUUGGAUACAGAGAAUGAAACCGAAAAUGAGAGUCAGGAGCAAAAAAUAAAGAAGAAUAAAAAAAUUAAGAAAGAAAAGGAGGACAAAAUGAAGAGAGAUAAAAAUUCCCUGAUCGAUGGAAAUUCUACGAUAGUCAGUGAAAAUGAAAACGAAUCUGAGAGUCAAGGAGAAAAAAUCAAGAAACCUAAAAAAAUUAAGAAAGAAAAAGAAGACAAAACGAAAACAGAUAAAAAUUCUACAUUACUCACUGAAAAUGAAACCGAAUCUGAGAGUCAAGAGGAAAAAAUAAAGAAACCAAAAAAAAUUAAAAAAGAGGAAAAAACUGCGAAAGGAAAUAAAAAUUCCUCGAUCGAUGGAAAUUCAACUUUGGACACUGAAAAUGAAACCGACGAUCAACAACCAAAAGUAAAGAAAAAUAAAAAAAUCCUCUCCGAAAUAAAAAAGGAAAAAGAGGAAAAAUCUACAAAAGCAAAUAAAAAUUCCCUAAUUAAUGGAAAUUCAACAAAGGACACUGAAAGUACAAAUGAAUUAGAAGAUCAAAAACCAAAAAUAAAGAAACAAAAAACAUCUGAUAAGGAAGAAGAAAAGAAAAAUUCCUCAACACAAGACACGGACAAUGAUAACAACGAAUUUGACACUGAAAUUUCAACAAUAAAUAAAUCACCGAAAAAAGCAAAAAAAUCGAAGAGGAAAAUUAAAAUUGAACCUGAUUCCGAUGAAAUGGAGAGUGUCAUUAGAAAAAUUAAGACUGAACCAAGUGACGAGAGUUUUAAAGUAAAAAAAGAACCAACUAAAGUGGUAAAAUGUAAUAAGGAGGAUUCUGAUUGACGAAAAUCUCACGAACAAUUAUUAUUUUAUUACAAUUUUUGUAUUAUUUACAAAUUUUUCUUGUAAAUGGAUGUCAUUUUCAUUAAGAAAAAGAGAUUAAUGAAAAUGAGUCUUUUAUACAUAUAUUUUUGAAAAUAGAAGACAAAUCUUUUAUAAAAAAAUGAAAAGUAUAUAAAAGUCUAUAAAUUCAUAAUUUUUCAAUUAUAUUAUUACUAUGUAAAUAUUCUAAAAUUUG